AUGCAGGCGCUCAACAUCACCCGGGAGCAGUUCUCCCGGCUGCUGCGGGACCACAACCUCACGCGCGAGCAGUUCAUCGCUCUGUACCGGCUGCGGCCGCUGGUCUACACCCCGGAGCUGCCAGGGCGCGCCAAGCUGGCCUUCGUGCUCACCAGCGUGCUCAUCUUCUCCCUGGCGCUCUUUGGCAAUGCGCUGGUGGUCUACGUGGUGACCCGCAGCAAGGCCAUGCGCACGGUCACCAACAUCUUCAUCUGCUCGCUGGCGCUCAGCGACCUGCUCAUCGCCUUUUUCUGCAUCCCGGUCACUCUGCUGCAGAACAUCUCCGACCACUGGCUAGGGGGUGCCUUCGUUUGCAAGCUGGUACCGUUCGUGCAGUCCACGGCCGUCGUGACCGAGAUUCUCACCAUGACCUGCAUUGCCGUGGAGAGGCACCAGGGUCUUGUACACCCCUUUAAAAUGAAGCGCCAAUACACCCACCGAAGGGCCUUCACCAUGCUCGGUGUGGUGUGGCUAGUAGCAAUCAUCGUUGGCUCACCUAUGUGGCACGUACAACGACUAGAGAUUAAGUAUGACUUCUUAUAUGAAAAAGAACACAUCUGCUGCUUGGAGGAAUGGACCAGCCCGGUGCACCAGAAAAUCUACACCACCUUCAUCCUUGUCAUCCUCUUCCUCCUGCCUCUUACACUGAUGCUUAUCCUGUACAGUAAAAUCGGUUAUGAACUCUGGAUAAAGAAAAGAGUGGGAGAUGGCUCGGUGCUUCGAACUAUUCACGGAAAAGAAAUGUCAAAAAUAGCCAGGAAGAAGCAGCGUGCUGUCAUUAUGAUGGUGACCGUGGUGGCCCUCUUCGCCGUGUGCUGGGCGCCUUUCCACAUCGUUCACAUGAUGAUGGAAUACAGUAAUUUUGAAAAGGAAUAUGAUGAUGUUACAAUCAAGAUGGUUUUCGCAAUAGUGCAAAUAAUUGGAUUCUCCAAUUCCAUUUGUAAUCCCAUUGUUUAUGCAUUUUUGAAUGAAAACUUCAAAAAAAACUUUUUAUCUGCAGUUUGUUACUGCCUAGUCAAAGAAACAGUGUCUCCAGUACGACAGCAUGGAAACUCAGGAAUUUCGAUGAUGCAGAAGAAAAGAGUGUUUUCCCGGAGAGAAAACCCCAUAGAGGAGACCAAAGGAGAAGCAUUCAGAGAUGGCAAUAUUGAAGUCAAAUUGUGUGAACCGCCAGUGGAGAGAAAACACGUCAAAUGACAACCUGAUCCAUUGAAUUCUGAACUGUCGAAAUGGUAUUGAAUUGAAUUCCAAGUUAACAAUGUCUUCAAUAUUGACAUACAU